AUGUAUAAAAUUUCCAGGCGAACCAUUUCAUCACCUGUAACAGCCUCGCUCUGCUGUUCAUCGACGAGACCCACCACUGCGAAACGAGCAUAUCACUAUCCUGGCUUCUUUACAUCCUUUUGGUUGAAUCGCCAUUACCAUAAUAACGAUGAACCACCGACUGCAGAAAAAUUGCAAUCUUACCCUAUAAGAACCAGCCGAGAGUUACGAACGCAAAAGAUACCACCUAAACGAUCUAAGAUGCUGUUGCGAGAUUUCGUUGAUGAUGCGUUGUUCAACCCUAAUUACGGCUAUUAUUCCUCAGCAACAUCACUACUGUCAUCGCCUAACAAACAAAGUCAAAUGGACAGAGAGAAUGUGGAAGACGAACAUUAUAUCCAUUAUAGAAAUAGAGGAAAGGUGAGAAGGCAGCAGGAGCAACAACAACAUAUGCCUUUGAGAUACACGUUAACAGAGCUGUUCAAGUCACUGUAUGGUCAUGCUAUCGCUAAAUACAUGGUAACAGAAUAUAAACUCAAACUUUAUCCACAUAAAGAUUUGAUUAUUUAUGAAAUUAUUGGCGGCAAUGGGAGAUUGAUGCCUCAUAUUUUGGACUACAUUGAGAAGUAUGAACCACAAAUCUACAAACGCACACAGUAUACUUUGAUCGAAUUAUCCGAUAGAAUUGUAUCGCCAGCUUUUUUGAAGGACAUUUCAACCAAACAUCAUCCAAUGGUCACCAGCUUAAACGAGAAUAUAUUUGAUUGGAACACUUUAGUAACAGAACAAUGCUUCUUUCUCGGGAUGGAAGUAGUGAACCAUUUUGCACAUGACGUAGUUAAAUAUGAUUUGGAUACUUUACAAUGUUAUCAGGGCAUGAUCUGCGUGGAUGAGAAGAGAAAUUAUUCAGAAGUGUUCACACCGCUAUCCGACCCUCUCAUUGCAAAGUAUUUGAAAGUACAAGAAAAGGUUCUCGAUUAUGAUGUUCAAAGUAAAAAAAGGAGAUUAUCUCAACUGCAGCCAAAUAGCUUAGCUAGCAAGUUUUAUUCAUUGUUCUUCAACAGCAGUGAUUCUACAGAGACAACAGUGCGCCAUCAUAUUCACAGCGAUAAUCAAACCAAUAAUAGCAAUGACCAUACCAACCGAAAUCUUUCGCUGCCAGAAUACCUUCCUACUAAGCUGUUUGAAUUUCUUCAUAUCCUCAGUACCUAUUUCCCUAGUCACCGGCUCAUUUUGACUGACUACGAUAAGAUUUUUACCAACCGCAGAGGUAUCAAUGCGCCUUUGAUACAAAUUCCUUUAUACAAUGAUGACCCCUGGAUUCAAACAACCAUUAGCGAUGAUUAUUUACUACCACCAGGUUGGUUUGAUAUACUUUUCCCCACCAACUUUGAUCUAUUGAAAGAUAUCUACUUGACCGCGUUCAAUACCGGAACCAGGUUUCAAAACAAUGUCAAAUCAAUGAACUAUAGUGACUUCUUGGAUAGAUAUCAUACGUCCAUCUUAACAGACAAAGACAAGAAGAAUAGAAAAAAGAACAGUAAAAAGUCGCAUCAACAGUUCAUGCAUUCAUCACAUAUAAAGAUCUUUUUGACAUAA